AUGCCCACUAAAGCUCCCCUGUGCGCCCUCAACUGGGUAGACCAGCGAGCUCAAGCUACUGGCGCGGACCAAGUACAGGUACCUAGACCUGACCGGCCCUCUCACUCGCCCAGCGCCGCAGCGAGCCCGGAAGCACACAGUCUGUCUGUCUUGAGCAUGCCUCAAAAGUUGCCCAGGUUCGAGAUGCCUGCCACAUCAAACCUCAGCGGAGCGCAACAUCGACCCUCCCAGUCGUCCAUGUGCAGUGCGGUCGGCAGCACGGGCGCUCGGUUACUACCCAUCAAGAGUCUUGUCGUCCGCCGCGUUGCAUCCGUUGUCGAAUCGGCCGGAGCCGGCGAGUGCAAGAGUUCUUAG